AGUCACACAGAUCUCGGCUGCGGAGACGUAGAGUUGUCUCUAAAAAGUAUAAAAGCUUUUACGUUCGUGGAUUUAAGUUGAAAUCACGUAGUGGAAUAUAGACUCGAGUGAAGUUGAAUAAGAUAUAUGUUAAACUUGUAUUGGUGUUGUGUUUACAAACGUUCGCUGAUAAAUACUGGAAGGUAUGCUAAGCUGCGCCUCCCCCGCCGGCAUGCCGCCCGCGCCACACGCGCAAAGUUGGGGAGCCUUAAUGCAACAACCACUUAUUAAAACAGAACCGAUGGAGGACGGAAGCUUUUCAAAAGAACAAGCGAGUGGAUUCUAUUCUGAAGGUUUCCAUAGUGCAUCGCCGUCAUCGUCGAGCAAAGAUUCCAAUGGACAUUCACCUAGAAGCGUCGGCAGUACUGGUGAACCAUCUCCAUAUUACGACAAUAUGCCUCUAAAAGCCAAAGCGAAUCUGGGUAUGCAUUUGGAAUCCUAUCGCAACGGCCUUCCUUAUAACUUACUCACACCCCCUGGUUUUGAAAAUAGAAAUAACGAAGAUUGCGAACAAUCACCGUACGGCUCGUAUUCACCGCGGUCUCUUGUACCCCCAACUCAUGUAUCGACCCCGUUAGCACGCGCUGAUGCUACUCCACCUAAAUCACCACCGAGAACGCCCUCGUCCCCUGACAGAGAUCACGAAAGGCGAGCUUUCGAACGAUUCCAUGAUUCGGGUUUCGAAGGCAUUGGCCAAAAUAAAAAUGACGGCGAUGAUGGUCGAGAUGGAUCUGGGCUCGAUGAAGAUUUUGACGAUGAACCAGGUCUCCGUGUUCCAGCUGUAAAUUCUCAUGGAAAAGUUAAAACCUUCAAAUGCAAACAAUGCGAAUUCGUCGCAGUAACCAAACUUAGUUUCUGGGAACAUAGCAAAGAACAUAUCAAGCCCGAAAAAAUGCUAUCGUGCAGGAAAUGUCCUUUUGUAACUGAAUAUAAGCAUCACCUGGAAUAUCAUAUGAGGAACCAUUUAGGGUCCAAGCCUUUCCAAUGCUCGCAAUGCUCCUACUCUUGCGUAAACAAGUCAAUGCUAAACUCGCAUCUAAAGUCCCAUUCUAAUAUAUAUCAAUAUAGAUGUGCCGAUUGUAACUACGCUACAAAAUACUGCCAUUCUCUUAAAUUACAUCUUCGGAAAUAUAAACACAAUCCAGCGAUGGUACUAAACAUGGACGGAACGCCUAAUCCUCUUCCAAUAAUUGAUGUUUACGGUACUCGGCGUGGACCAAAACAAAAGCCUAUUAUGAAAAUGUACGACCAGCAACAAAUAAACAAUAACAAUAAACAUCAGCCACCGCCGCCUACCCAUCCUAUCUUUGGAAAUCAUUUCCCCGUUAAUCUUCCGUAUCUGCCGCCGCUGCUACCACAUUCGUUCCUCUUUCCACCGAACAAUAACUACGAACAAAGGACUUCGCCAAAAAUAACUGAAUUACCGGUUGAAAAACAGUCGGCACCAUCUCCUCAAUCCAUAUUACAUCAGCGUCUGGCUUACAGAGAUGUCCCCGCUGAAACAAAUGCAACACCACCGCCAAUCAAGUCGCCGGCUAGUUUACCUCGAACACCGAUAGCACCGCGCAGUGUUUCUCCGCCGGCAACGUCUGAUGCACUUGAUUUAACAAACACUAAAAUAAGUGAAGCAGAAUCACCACCGCCGCUUGAUCGUCCAGCACCCGUCACACCCACCACAGCGUUAAAGAACAGAAGGAAAGGGCGCGCUUUCAAAUUACAGCCAGCAGCUUUAAGACUACAACACGAAGACGAUAAAAUGGAAGCGAAUGCAUCUGACGAAGAGUCGGACGCAUCAGCUGAGGCUGCUGUAACCUCUGUGCCAACUUCAUACACGUGUCAAUAUUGUGACAUUACAUUUGGCGAUCUGACAAUGCACACUAUACACAUGGGUUUCCAUGGAUACAACGAUCCUUUCAUGUGUAACAAAUGUGGGGAGAGAAGUGCUGAUCGCGUGGCAUUCUUCAUUCAUCUCGGCCGCGCCCAACACGCGUGAGUUAAUUGGAAUUGCAAAGAUUCAACCUAGUCAACGCUUUGCGUUCAAGCCAAUUAGCCUAUAAGCUGUAGGCAGUUUGUAUCGUUAGA